AGGUUGAGCAGAUCGAGGCCAUUGCAAAGUUUGACUAUGUUGGUCGAACACCCAGGGAGUUGUCCUUCAAGAAGGGAGCCUCUCUGCUUCUGUAUCACCGGGCGUCGGAGGACUGGUGGGAGGGCCGACAUAACGGCGUCGAUGGCCUCAUCCCGCAUCAAUAUAUUGUAGUACAAGACCUGGACGAUGCCUUCUCAGAUAACCUCAGCCAGAAAGCUGACAGCGAGGCGAGCAGUGGGCCGCUGCUCGAAGGCAAAGGCUCAUCGAAAAACGACAUUCCGUCACCGUGCGAGCAGUCACCAGAUUACAACUUUGGAGGAGUCAUGGGGAGGGUUAGGUUACGAUCGGAUGGAGCCGCCAUCCCACGCCAUCGGAGCGGGGCCGAGACCCACAGUCCGACCAGAGUGGCCGACACCCCGCCACGGGCGGCUGCCUGUCCGAGUAGUCCCCACAAGAUGUCCAUCAGCAAGGGUCGCAUGGAGAGCCCCGAGAAAAGAAGGCUUGGUACUUUUGGUAGUGCGGGCAGCAUUAACUACCCRGACAGGAAAGCGUAUCCCGAGGGCCACCCACUGAGACCUGUAACAGGGGCCACACGCCACAGCAGCCUGGGAGACCACAAAACGCUGGAGRCUGAAGCUUUAGCAGAGGAUAUAGAGAAGACCAUGACGACUGCACUCCAUGAGCUGCGCGAGCUGGAGCGGCAGAACACCGUCAAACAGGCUCCUGACGUGGUCCUGGACACCCUGGAGCCCAUGAAGAACCCCGUUAGCUCCGAGCCGGGCAGCCCUCUUCACACCAUCAUGAUCCGUGACCCCGACGCGGCGAUGCGCCGCAGCAGCAGCUCYACCUCGGAGAUGAUGACCACCUUCAAGCCCGCCCUCUCUGCCCGCAUGGCRGGCGCUCAGCUGCGUCCUCCGUCCAUGAGGUCGGCGCGGCCCUCUCCGACGCAGCACCGCUCAAGCAGCUCCAGCUCCUCGGGGGUGGGCAGCCCCGCCGUGACGCCCACCGAAAAGAUGUUUCCCGGUAACAACGCGGCUUCGGGCUCCAACAUGAACGUCUCCGGUGACGGCGGGGAGAAAUCUGGGAGCAUGUAGCAACGAAACGGCUCUGCUGCUCCGGUGAAGACGAAGGCAAGCAGCUGAUAAGGUUUCUGUUCAGGAAUAUCUAUGUUAGCAUGGUGACAGAGCAGCAGGGGAAGCUUUAAACUUGACUAAAUGUGUACUUGUAUUUGCAGUAAUACCUCAGCUCGAACAGAAAUUUGUGGCCAUGUUCCUCUCACAGAGACACAUCAAAUUACAGUGAAGCAAUACCUGUGGRAAAAAAAGAUAUGGUUCCCGCUGAUGAUACAAAGUCCAGUCUGAGCCACUUCAUGUAAACUGGUGUAGGCAUUCAGGCUAAAAUACCACCUCUUCUCACCGUGUAGGGCACAAGCCUUACUGCUGUAAAUACAGACCUACUUGAAGUCACCACGCAUUUUUAAAAAAAAAAAUCAUACUCAGCAAAGCUACAAACCUGGUGACAUUUGUUUCUGCAUGAAGGGAUCCGAAAAAAUAAGGGGAAAUGCUAAAAAUGAUGAGAAAAUUGUCAAAUCUUUCCAAAAUCACGUUGGCUCAAUUUUUAAAUUGGCAUGUGUGUGGCAGCGCUACAGUGAUGAAGCAUCUUGGCAUGAAGAGGACUGCUCAUCAUCUGCCUCGCUAAUCCAAAACAAACCAUCCAUGAGCACCGUGCAUGGUUGCACAGCAGGGCAGAUCCUAACGCUCCUGUUUCCAUGUUUCCUUUUCAUGCKCUGUGAAUGAAGUCUCCRAAGUCUAAACUCACCAACAARUAUAGGAAUCAUGUUGGAAGCUUGUACAUAAAACAUAGCUAGCUAACUGUGGUUCAGGUCGUGUACAGGUWAAUGCAGAUAAUCAUGAAUGAUUGAUCUGAGUUGCACGUGUAAAGACAAUAAACCACAUUUUUUAAAUAUCAUUUACAGUAGAUUCAAAACAUGACAGUAAAACUCGCUUUGUACGUAGAACGCAUUUGGUUAACAGUACUGUAGAGAAAAAAACGACUGAAUAAAUGUGCUUUUUAAUGUCCUGA